GUUUUACGCGUUCAGGGACAUGUACAGUGAGACCUGGGGACUCUAUAUCACCUCGGUAGCACAUUCUUCCCGGAAAUUAACUUAGUUGCUUCUUAGACAGUAAAAGGUGACCCAUUUCUUAUGUUUAGGACAGGAUUUAACGUGUUUAAUAGGCCUACAUUUACUUUCAGUACAGUUGACCUUUAACUGACUGACUUUUCAGAUAUUUUAUCAUUCCUUAACAGGUAAACAAACGAAAUGCAUUGCACUUGACAGUGUGUAUACCUACGCCUGAGAAAAUAAGAUUGAUACUUGACAGCUAAAUGGAAUAUAUGUAUAGAUGUAUAUAUAUAUACAUGGAAACAUAUUGAUUUAAGCGACAUACAUCACUGACAACAUAAGAUGGCGACUUUAGUUCGUGAUACUCUAGAAAAUUACUCCGCGGCAUCGAACCUGAUGCAUAACGAGAAGAUACGAGAGAUGAUGGGGUCAGGUCAGACCAUCUACCACUUUGGCUUUGGACAGUCUCCGUUUCCAAUCAUGGACAAAGCUGCAGACAAGCUGAAAAAACAUGCCUCAGAGGCUGCUUACUUACCUGUAGCAGGAAUAGAGGAACUGCGUGCCGCCAUUCGAGACUUCCACAAGAAAUACGACGCCAUUUCAUUCAGUUCAGAUGACGUCAUCGUUGGCCCGGGUAGCAAGGAACUAAUUUUCCUUCUAAUGAACAUAUUCCAAGGAGACAUACUGGUUAUAUCCCCGUCGUGGACUUCAUACAAACCGCAGGUGAUGUUGUCCGGACAUAAAGCAAACAUCGUACCAACGACAAUGGAGGAUGAAUGGAAAAUAAAACCAGAGAAAUUCACACAGUAUUUGAAAGAAAAUAAUUUAUCUGGAACAAAACUACUGAUAAUGAACAACCCAGACAAUCCAACGGGUACACUGUACACACAACAAGAACUUAGUGAUCUGAGUGACGUUUUUAAAAGACACAACGUCAUUGUUUUGUCGGAUGAAAUCUAUGGAAGGCUUACAUUCGAUGACAGUUUUGUAUCAAUGGCUAAGGUAUAUCCUGAAGGAACCAUUCUGUGUUCAGGAAUGUCUAAAUGGGCCAGUAUGGGUGGAUGGAGGCUUGGUUACCAUGUGUACCCGCCGCAACUGUCCUCACUGAAGAACGCCGUCAAAAGUGCAGCUAGUCACACAUACACUACCGUAGCAGCUCCGAUACAGUACGCUGUAGCCGAGGUGCUCCGUGACCUUGACACGUGUGAUGCUUACAUGAGACACACCACACGCAUCAUGGCUGCAGUAGGACAGUACUGUCAUAAAGAGCUGGCGGAAGUGGGUGUACAUUCCAUUCGUCCUAAAGGCGGUUUCUAUAUCUUUCCAAAUCUAGAAAUCCUCAAACCGAAGUUGAAAGCUCGUGGUAUAGAACGCUGUGAAGAUAUGGUAAACGCUUUAUUUGAGGAAACAUCAGUAUCGGUGAUGGCCGGUGGUCCAGCAUUUCUUAGACCAGAGACAGAGUUGACAGUCAGGUUGUGCUAUGUAAAUUUUGACGGUGCCAAAGCGCUAGCGGAGAGCGAGCGUAUAGGAUUAGGUGCUUGUCUUCCAGACAACUUUGUACAAACACAGUGUUCUCAUUUACACGAAGGAAUUCAGGCGCUGAAACAGUGGAUUAAGAAAAUUCUAGAAUCAUAGAAAGAUUAGCAGUUGGAAAAGACAUUAGCUAUAUCUUACUUGAAUCAAAGUUACAAGGAGUUUACAGAAUAUACGAUCUAAGGGAAUUAAUUUGUUCUUUUAAAGAUAAGAAAGAAGCUAUUUACAAAAAAAUGUGAUUAGAAUUUUAUUUGACAUGGUCUUUUUGUGUAAGCGAAUAAGUAUAUGGUGUUAGAAAAUGUAUUUUCUUUAUUAUGUAUGUGAAUACGUAUAUGAUGAGUUUGGUUGUUGUUUGGUAGUUGUAUUUUCAUUGACAUUUUUAUCUCUUGUUUACCAGUUAUAUGAAUUAAUAAAUAUUUAAGAAUUUACAA